CUGAAUACUUUCCACUGUCUUGUUGCUAGAGCGCGGGGGGCUGCGGUGGUGAACAUUUUUCGAGAAAUUUGAAGGUCGACAAAUGACUGGAAUUACGCAUUUCGACUGUAUAAAUAAUAUAUUUCAUCGAAGUGACGCAAAUUGACAGACACACUCCAAAAAUGAGUGAACAACUCAAAUACAUUGUGGAGCAACUGAACAAGGAGCCAUUCAAACGCUCCUACAACCUGAUCAGCUUUGAUUCGUUGGAGCCAAUACAGCUCCUGCAAGUCACCAACGAUGUGCUGGCUGAGAUCAACCCUCAAAACAAGUUGGAUAUUCGCGAGGAAACUGCGGAUGCCACUGCCAUGCGUAUGAUGAAUGAACUGCGUGUCUUGAAAUACAAGCCCAACGAGGAUGUGAGCACGUUCCGUCAGGGUUUGGUGUCGGGCUACAAGCCUGUCAUCUACCCCAUCCUGGUGUGGCUCUUCCAGAAGAUGUCAGAGCUCAAGAAGCGGGCCUACCUGGCGCGCUUCCUGGUCAAAAUUGAGGUGCCCCCGGAGAUCAUGCAGGACGACCAAGUGACUGAUACCUACGCUCAGUAUGCCGAGAUGGUCGACCAGUUUAAGGAGCUACACAAGGAAUCAGAGUCUCUGAAGACAUCUGGCUUCUCCACUGUUGAGAUCCGACGGGACAUAACCCAGAUGGAGGAGGAGAAGGAACAGAUUGUCAAGAGAAUCGAGCGGCUCAAAAAGAGGGUUGAGACCGUCAAGAACUAUGAGAGGAUGCUGGAGAUUGCCCGAAACUUCCGGAAGGAGCAGGAUCGGGAGAUGUCCCUGGCCCAGCAGAAACUAGACCAGAAGAACCAGAUGCAUCAUGCUGAUCAGCGACUGCAGCGGUUUUCACAGCAGCUCAAAGACAUCAAACAGUCCACAGUGGGAGCGACAGCUGAAGGCCUCGUCAAGAAAUUGGACGAAGAGAACAAGAUAAACACGUAUCUUUGCCAGGAGAAGCUGCCCAAGGAGAUUGAGGCCAAGCGCAAGGCAUGCCAGGAUCUGGAGCGAGUCGUCAAUGAGCCGGCCAUGGGUCAGAGCGACCUGGAUGAGAUCCACACACAGAUAAAAACAGUGAACUCGGAGGUCAAUAGCCUGAUCGAGAAGCGCAUGAUGAGUAAUGAUCCCAUCGACGACAAGAUGUCACUCUUCCGGCAGCAAGCAGCCAUCAUCAGCCGCAAGAAGGAGACGGCGGCUGAGACACUGCAGGACGCCAAGGACGAGCUGCACGCCUGCCAGCAGGAAGCAGCCGAGAAGAGGGAAAGCGUUAGGGGCCUGCAGGGAGAGGAGGUACUCAAAGGAGACGAGUUCAAGCGCUACGUUAACAAGCUCCGAGGUAAGAGCACCGUCUACAAGAAGAAACGGCAGGAGCUGGCUGAGCUUAGAGCAGAGCACGGUGUGCUGUCCAGGACUGAAGAGAUACUCAGGCAGAGGGAUGAAGCACUGCAGAAAACCCUGGCCAAACUGGAGGCUAAGAAGGGCGUGUCCGGUUACCAUGAUACCCAGGAAGAGCUGGAGAAGGUGUCGGCCAUCAAGAGUGAGCUGGAUGACAUGAAGGGACGGACGCUGGAGGACAUGUCGGAAAUGGUUAAGAAACUGAACAUAACCAUCUCUGCCAAGAAGGCUGACCUGGCACCAGUUAUCAAGGAACUGCGGCCCCUCCGCCAACAAGCCCAGGAGUUGGAGACAGUCUACCAUGAGAAGAAAUCGGCAUACGAUCAGCUGGCUGCUGGCCUGGAGAGCAACCGCUCUAAGCUGGAACAGGAGGUGCGGGCCUACCGCGAGGAGUGCUCUCAAGAGGAGAGCCGCUAUCACUAUCUAAACUGCAUGCGUCGCAUCAUCGCCAUGCAGCAGCAGCGAGUGUCGGACGAGAUGAAGGCGUACACCUCCUCGGACCCGGCCGAGAGAAAGAAAGCAUUCCGGGAUCAGUACACGCGGAAAAUACAGGAGCAAGAAAAUCUGGGCAAGAGUCUACGAGAGAAGCAGAAGGUGAUCAAGGAGAGCCACGGCCCCAACAUGAGGCAGAUGAAGAUGUGGAAGGACUUCCAGACCCUGAUGGAGUGCAAGAGAGACUGCCAUCUCAACAGGGGCAAGGUCACCGAUACCUCCAAGAUGAUCAGGGACGAGGUCAACCAGGAAGACAGGCUCAUCCUCUGAAGGCCUUUUGAUUGCAUCAGCUCAGAUCGUUCAGUUUCUUCAAAGUUGCACCUGUAACACAUUUACUUCAUGUUGGUUGUGGACUUCAUGAUGACUGCUGUUUGCAUAGAAUUAGAUCCUCUGUAGUCAUAAUUUAGAAUGUUUUUUUGAAAGGGUGUCACUAGCCCGAAAUGAGGUUACACCUUCCUGUCUCAGUGUUUGCAGGAAUCAUUCAGAAAAGGAUCCCACUCUGUGACAGUGGAGGGCUUCUCUGUGCAUAAACAAUUUUUGUUACCGCUCAAACCAGUGACAUUAAGUGGAGAUUUUCAGUUCUUGUUCAGAAACAAUUGGUUUCUAAUCAACUGGUGACUUUUGUUGCUCAUUUAUGUCCAAGUUAUUCAUGGGUUGUGUAAAUACACUGUAUUACUAUAAAGAGAUUUCCACAAAAUUUGUCGUGCCAUAAUCUGUAGCUUAAAAUAAUAUAAAGCAAAGGUCGUGCCGCUGUUUUCUCAGCUGUUUCAGUUUAAACUACUGGCAAAUUUGAACUUUCAAAUGUAGUAAAACGUGUAUCCCCUAAUCAAGCACAAGAGCCUUUGUGUGUUCAGUUUCAGCAUAAAUGCAAGUUUGCUCCAACAAUGUACACCUAACAAAUUAAUUAAAGGCUUAAAACUAUAUGGCGUACCAAUUCAUUAAUGAUUUAAGACUACAUUUCUGUGGCAUUAUUGCAAUUUAGUUUGAUUGUAAAAGAGCAAACAGUCAAAGUGGAGUGUGUCGUGUGAAUAAAACAUACAAGUACAAUUCAAAUAAUAAAAUGCCUAUCUAUUUUUUGUUGGUUACGUAGUCCUUGCAGUUUCUUUACUGCACACGGUGUUACUACAAAAGGUGAGAUCUGAACUCCAAAUAAAGAAUAGCCGUCAGUUAAGAUAAGAACACUGCCAGACCAGUAAGAUAAUGUCUAGAGCCUAGACUUCUCGCUGUCAAUUCUUUGACGGACCUCGCAGCACAUGCAUUUACAGAUAAUGCAUU